ACACACUCUCUCUCUCUCUCACUAAAUGCUCUGCUACAUUUGUUCGUAUAGAGAGAGAACACAUACAAACGUCUGUAUCUCUCUCCGUCUUCUCUCUCUGUCUCUCACUCAAGAGUCAAGACACCCACCAACUCGCAGCUCAUUUAUUAUCUUUUUAUUCGAGCUUAUUUUUUGAUAAUGGUGGUUCUAAUGGCGGAAAGUUGAGGAUAUUUCGCUUGUUCGCAAAUGGAAAAUUCCUGGUACACCAAAUGUGCAUCCACGUGGCAGCCAACGGCGCCGCCCCUGCCGGUGCCACCGCAGCUGGUGGCGUCUCCAUUGCAUGGUUCUUACGCUCAGUUUUUAUGUUUGGUUGUUACUGGAAAUUAUUUGUACUGGAGAAUGUUAUGAUCGUUUAUCAAACUAUAUAUGGGGGUAAAGACCUCAAGGAACCUAUGUCACUAAAACAUGAAAGAAUUCCGGAGCGCGUGCCCCCAAAUCCGCAUAACCUCAAUGCCAAUCAUGGAGUUUCUAUUUCAUCAUUUCUUUUUGGGAGCUCAUCAAAUGUGUCCAGUGAUCUGCAGCAUUUAUUGGAUCCAAAAGCACACCCUAUCUCUAGUCAGGCUUCACUAAGUCAGAAUACUAAUGGCUUUUCUGCUGGAACUCGAGUUUCAGAACUUUCUGGUGCUUUAUGGCCGGUCAGCAUGGACAGCCAGAAUUGGUUAUCCAGAGAGGUUUCUUUCCCUCUUAUGCCAUCCAAUUCUAUUACAAUCAGUAGCAACAAUCCUACUGUGAAUCAGGCUGCAAACUUGAACUUCCAGAAUACCCAUAAGAAAGACAAGGUCAAGAGUUUUUCUUCUCUGAUUGGCUUCAAUAAUGCUGGUCCAAUCCCUGCUAACAGUUGGAAUCCCCAGAAGAAUAAUGAUCUAACAGCUUUGCUGAAAGCUCCUGUUGUACACCAUCAUAGCCAUAAUCUUCCUAGCAGUUUACCCCAUGUUUUCUGUUCCGGCAUAAGUGGAAAUUUACUUCUCAGUGAUACUGGGCUUCUUGGAGUGGUUUGUGCAUGCCAUGGUUUGUAUAUGUCGAUCUCCAAAUUCUCAGAGCAUUCGGGUUUGUAUGAUUUGGAUCCUGGGAGUGCAGUUCGUAUGAACAAUGGAGUGACUAUAGCUCACUGGUGGAAAACAUUUUCUGACAAAUCUGGGAUUAGAUUAUUGGAAGGGCGCAAAAGAUGGGAUUGGCCUGAAGGAAUAUCACCAGCUUCGGCUUCGACAAAUCAUCCUAUUCCCAAUAACUCGAACAACUCUGUUUCAUGGAAUGAACUUUGCUCUUUCAAGACUUCAGUAAGCUCUGACCAGCUGCAAGGAAGUGUAUUAAAUACAAAGGGAAAUGGGAGAUUCCAAAACAUAAGCCAGGAAUAUGCACACCAUGAAAAGGGCAGGAAUUCUCAAGAAUGCACUAAUUAUGCUUUUAAGAACUUCAUUAAUGUUUCACAAGAAAACCUGCCGCAUGCAUCUGAUAAACAGAUGUGGGGAGUCCAAAACCCUUUUGACAUGAACAUUGAGAAAGCUUCUCAUUCCAGUAGAGCCAAAUUAGAGUCGGUCUGUGGAAGUUCAAAUUCUUUGCUUGCUCUCCCCAGUACACAAGACUUUAAAACACCAUUUACCGGCUUUGAUGUCCGAAGAAAUACUUGUUCCAUUGUCGAGAGGCUAGGAGUUCCAUCCAAUACUGAACUGAGACUGGGCGAACCACCAGGGCAAAGUCAGACAUUGGAGACUAAAACUACACCUUACUUUGUAUCUAAUCUUAAUGGCAUACAUGAAAAGCCCCCAAAUGUGCUUUCAUCUGACAAGCUUCCGCAGAGAAGUAACUUGCUUAAUGUACGUGAUGCAGCUGGUAAUAAAUUGCAAGGAAGUAAGUUGAUUCUUCAGAAUGCUGGUAUUGCAUCUAGUCCUAUUGAAAGAAGAGAACCUACUCAAUUGGAGCACUCAGUCCAUGGUGGAGAAGCGUGUGGCACAGUAACUGAUUCUAGAAGAGAUUCAUCCAACAGCAACUUCAGAAUGACUCACCGAAAUCCUCUGGUGCUCUCGUGCUUAAAUAAUCCUGAGACCAAAUGGCAAUUCGAAAGUAUAUAUGGAAUUGGUGGCAAUAACUGUACUGUUAACAAGAAACAUCAGUCUGAAUCUCACGUUCCCAUAAGUGAGAAAAGUUUGUUUCCUUGGGGUUAUGUAGCUGGUAAUAUCAAGGAAUCCCAUACCAUGAACAAGGGUAAAAACCUGGUGUUUGCUGCAAAUGGAUAUGAUGAAUUCUCGAACAUGUAUAAGGAAGAUCUGAGCAUUUCUAACCCAGUUUUAGGCGAGAGACAUUUGUUCCAGUCAUCUAACAGGAUGGCGAGAGACGACUUAAACAAUUACUUGAAGAUUUCUUCUCUUUCUGAUGUUAGGCAAUUGAAACAUGACCAGCUAAAACCUCUCCACAUUUCUGCAAGUUCUAAAGAAUCAGUAUAUAUGGAGUUCACCUCCAAAAGUCCAGUUUUUGGACAAAGAACAGCUCCAACAGUGUCGAAGGAUGGUUGUGGAAUAAAACCAAAUCUGCAGAAUGAGAAAAUGAGAGUUCCUGGUGUGCAUAAUAUGGUGGAGUUAUGUGAAGGAGAUAAUGACAUUGCUUCUAUCAGAUAUACCCAAGCCUGUGAGGUGCACAAGAACCUUCAUCUACAGACGCUUAAGACUAUCUCUCCAUCUAUACCAAAGGGUCGUGCUCCAUUGCUUGAUUCAUCAAGGAUGCCGAAAAUUCCUGAAGUUGGGGAGCAGAUGAUGUCUGGUACAAUUUGUUGGGUAGGCAAUGGAGAUGAAAGGCAUAGUAACAUGACAGAAAGGUCUCAGUCCACUACGGGAGCUUGUGAUCUUCCUUCCCUGGAGCAGUUUUUUGUGAGUGAAACUGAUUGCAACUCGACUCUUAGCAAGAAAGGUCAAUGCUCUCACGGGUUAUCACAAGUGUCUGAAAGAUGCAUCUCUGCCGUUCAAGAAAAUUGUUCGAUGGAGAAGUUUGACUCCAGAGGUGAUAAUUAUUGUAGCUUGGUUGAAGGAGCUGGAAAUGGAGCUAUCACAAGUUUAUUACACGACGACCAUGGUUUCCAGAAAGCGAGCACUAAAUCUCUUCAUAGUACUAAAAAUUUGGUUCCCCCAUAUGUUAAGAGCAUCAAGUCUCAUCCUUUUCAAUGGAAAGAUGUGCCAAAGAAAUUGAUGGAGAGUUGCAGCUCGACAAAGAAAGAACUUCAAGUUGGUCCUUUCAAUACAUCCUUGGAAAGCCCUCGUGCCGAUGUUGUUAAAUGCUUUACUGGAUGUGCUCAACAUGUUGUACCCUUGAAGGAGCAUGAUGUGUCUAUUAUCUCUUCUACAUGUUCUGCUUCUAAUGUGGCCCAGUCAUUCAUAGAGAUUAACAAGAAAAAUUCUUCUACUACCAAAGAUAGGGGGGAUGUGAUAUUUGCAAAUAGCCUUGUUCUGGAUGAAGAAUCAAAAUAUGACAGAAGCUGGUCGUGUAAUGAUGCUGCAGUUGAUAAUGAAAUAUGUCCUGAAUUAUUCAGUUCUGCUUCUAGAAUCAACUUCACCAAAAGAGGACCAUUGGAAGUAUUUCCUAGAGAACCUUCUCUUGGUCUCAUGGAAGAGAUUAGCAAUCAAAGUUUGUUUAAAUCUGAGUACUUUCCACACCAACCACACAAGCUUAAGAGAAGCUCUAUCUUUGAGGAAGAGUGUGAACACGGACAAAAGUUUGAUGAGGGGUCCGAAAACCGGAGGAGAACAGUAAACUCCACAAAGUUGGAUGCACUAAUUUCUGUCUCCUGCCAAUCCUCUAUCAAUAACAACUCUCCAAAAUGUACUGAGGAAGUUGGGCAGAAUAAUUAUCCUCUCUGGAAGGUGCAGAUGCCAGAUGGACGUGAUGAAGUCAGUCCCAGCAGUUUUUCCAAGCAGCUGGGCGCUGCAUUUUCUGCUGCCAAAGAAUUGUCCCUCAACAGAGAGUUGAAGAGAGUGGAGCAGAACGAAUCCGAGGCUGAUAAAUGUUCCAUGGUUGAUGAAACAUUAGAAACUUUUGAAAUGGUGAGGAAGAAGAGGUUAAGAUUAGAUAAUGCGUCUGUCUCGAAGAAUGGAAUUCGAGAAACAUGCUGUAGUAGUACUGAAUUGACUACAGAAUUAACAUCAUUGGGCAGUCAUUGCAAUUCUCAAGGUAAGCCUAAUGUCCCCAAGAGGAUGAAAAGGCCUAUAGUGUUUGGGGAAUAUGGAAUCAUUUCUAAUGGCAGUCUAUCAAAACCAACAAAGAUUGUCUCCCUUAGGAAGAUUCUCAAAGCUACAGCAUCUCCUACAGAAAAUAGCAACAAGAAUGGCUGCAACAAUGACAAACAGGACUCCAUUUUUGUGAAGGUGAAGGAGACGAGUGCCCAACGCCUGAUGGGAAUAGUUUCAAGCAAGAAAUUUCCUAGGGGUCGAGAUAAAAAUUCUCUACCAAUUGAAGCGGAAUCUCUACCAAUAGAAACAAUUGGAAAUGAUGAUCUGUCUUAUACUUUGAUGAAAAGCAACAGCCAUUGUAUUGGAGGCAGCAAGUUUGGGGCUGAUGUGAACAGGACGCACAAGGAAGGUCGAAAACGCAGCCUUCAUGAACUCUUAACUAAAGGUACUUUUGGUGAGAUUUGCAUUCCUUGCUCACCAGAGAAGUUUUGGUCUUCAGGUUCUAGUACUCUUGUGCUUGAUAGGAGUGACUUAAAAUCUGUUAGCCCUUCUGCCAUAUCUUCGUGCCGAACACCUGGCAAAUACUGGGAAGAGAGGGUCACGGAUGCUGUAGAUACUCAUAGAGUUCAAAAGAAUGAAGUGAACAAUGCUAAGAGAUGCUCGAGAAAGCACCAGCCUGAUAAAUUUUGCCACAUUUGUCAGAGUUCAGACCAAGAUGGAUGUGAUAAAUUAAUUGAGUCCACCAGGUCCUUAAUUAAGGGGCUCCAUUGUGAGGCCAAAACUAUCGAUGCCACGUCACACAUGUUUAUUACUAAUGAUGAUAAUGGAAGUGUUCUGCCUGAAGAGAAAUCUUUAACCUGUGCACGAGCUGAGGGUUACAAGGGUCGAAAACGAGAAGGUUUUUUGCAUAAUCAGUCUCCAGAUGCAAAUGGACAUGCCAGUUGCCUUGUUCCACAAGAGCAGCUAAAUGCAUGGAUGCACAUUCAUCGACAAAAGCCACAGAGAAAAGGGCGCCCAAAGCUCCCAAGUUCAGUCGUCGAAUCUGACUAUCGGAAAGCCUAUGUUCGCCAUAAGCAUUCAAAAGGCUGGAAACAUUUGGUUGUAUAUAAAUCUGGCAUACAUGCUCUAGGUCUCUACACAUCUCAGUUCAUCUCUUGUGGAGCAAUGGUUGUCGAAUAUGUAGGUGAAAUAGUGGGCGCCCGUGUGGCAGACAGAAGGGAGAAGGAAUAUCACUCAGGAAAGAAAAUGCAGCAUAAGGCAGUUUAUGUACUUUUAUUGAAUUUUCCUGACUGGCUCUUUUCCCUUCUGUUGCUCGAGCAGCCAAACUGCAUUGCCCGAGUCAUUUGCGUGAGGAAUGAAAAGAAGGUGGUAUUUUUUGCGGAAAGAGACAUAUACCCGGGAGAAGAGAUAACAUAUGAUUACCAUUUUAGCCAUGAAGAUGAAGGUGAAAAAAUCCCUUGCUACUGUAAUUCCGAGAAUUGCAGGCGUUUUCUGAAUUGAAUGACCCUCAGCUCUGACAGGCCUUUUGUAUAUGUAUUAUGUUAGGUUAUCCAUUGAGACCAACUCCCAACUGUUAUGGUAAUCUAUCUUUAGGCACCUAAUGUAGCAGUGUUUAUUGUAUUGACUAGCAGUGUACAUGUAAGUUAAUGCUGCGUAAUUUAUCAUGCUUGAAUGUUUCUUCUCAACAAUGAAAAACUGGAGACAGCAAAGUUAUAAGUCAACCUGUAACUGGAUUCAGACCAGAGAUAUAUAUGAAUCCGGAGAUAUAUGAACAGUUGAAUGUAUCUUUGUAACACCCCGCCUUGACUAGCUUUGACUUUUAAAAAUCAGAGUAAAUUUUUUGC